GGUUUCCUGAUGAUCCCAACAUUCUCAAGGACUCAGGAAACCUUCCUUUGAUUAUUCCUGGGAUUGCAACACAAUGUUUUGCUAUCUUUUCUUUGUUUUCUUAUUGUUCAAUGAAGCAUUUGCUGCUAAACAUGCAAAACCAGUUGUCCAAUGGCAGACUUUGAGUGGUGAUGCACCAUUAGUGAUAGCUCGAGGAGGCUAUUCAGGGCUUUUUCCAGACUCGAGCCAGUUUGCGUACCAAUUUGCAUUAUCGACAAGCUUGAGUGAUGUAGUCUUGUUCUGUGACCUUCAAUUGACAAAAGAUGGUGCUGGUUUCUGUCACUCAGGCCUUCAAUUGGAUAACUCUACCACAAUAUCACAAGCAUUUCCAAAAGGACAGAAAACUUAUCCUGUCAAUGGGGAGGAUGUCACCGGAUGGUUCGCAAUCGAUUAUGUCUCUAAGGUUUUGUUCGAUAAGGUUUCAUUGAUUCAGGGCAUUUUUUCUCGGCCGAGUGUUUUUGAUAAUAGCCAAUCCAUGAUGAGGGUCGAAGACGUUGUGGCUGUGCAACCCCCGUUGUUUUGGUUGAAUGUCGAAUAUGCUAACUUCUUUAAGCAACACAAAUUAGACAUAGCAGAGUAUACACUGGGAUUAUCAAAUCAAAUGCCAAUAGAUUUCAUCUCUUCUCCCGAAAUCAAUUUCUUAAAAGGUCUAAGUGGCAAAGUCAAUGCAAGGAAUACGAGGCUCAUUUUCAAAUUCCUAAAAGCCGAUAAAACCGAGCCCUCAACGAAGAAAACAUAUAGUUCCCUUCUGAAGGAUCUUCCGAUGAUCAAGUCAUUUUCUUCUGGAAUUCUUGUCCCGAAGGAGUACAUAUGGCCGGUCGGUAAAGAUCUUUACUUAGAGCCUGCAACAACUCUUGUAUUGGACGCGCACAAGUUGGGUCUCGAAGUUUAUGCUUACGGCUUCGCAAAUGAUGCUCCCGCAAGCUAUAACUACAGUUAUGAUCCUUCGACAGAGUACUUGCAGUUUGUCGACAAUUCAGACUUCUCCGUUGAUGGUGUGCUCACUGACUUCCCUUCUACUGCAUCACAAGCUGUUGCAUGCUUGGCGCACAACAAGAAAAACAUCCCGCCGCCAAUUAAAGAUAAACCGCUAAUUAUAUCGCACAAUGGCGCAAGCGGAGUCUAUGCCGGAUGCACUGAUCUUGCUUAUCAGCAAGCCGUAAAUGAUGGUGCUGACAUAAUCGAUUGCUCGGUUCAAAUGACAAAGGAUGGAGUUGCAUUCUGUUUGGAUUCUGCAGAUGUCUCACAAACUACAACCGCAAUGACUUCCUUCAUGUCACACUCCACCGUCAUCCCCGAAAUACAGAAAGACAAUGGCAUCUACUCUUUUGAUCUCACUUGGGCCGAGAUCCAAACCUUGAAACCAAGUCAAACCCGAUUACCAUCAUCAGGACUGUCUAGAAAUCCUGCAAUGCAGAAUGCCGGAAAGCUCAUGACACUUCCUGAAUUCCUGGACUUUGCGAAGAACUCAUCAGUCCCUGGAAUUUUGAUUUCAAUAGAGAAUGCUGCUUACCUUGCAUCAAAACAAGGCCUAGACAUCGUCAAUACUGUAAUGAGCAACUUGACUGCUGCUAGUUAUGAUCAGCAAACACUUCAACAAGUUUACAUUCAAUCUGACGAUACUUCAGUUCUCGAGAAGUUCAAGAGUGUUUCAACUUACAAGAGAGUGCUAAUGAUCAAAGAGUCAAUAAGCGAUGCGCCGAAGCCAUCAGUAACUGAAAUUAAGCAGUUUGCUGAUGCUGUAAACCUCCCAAGAUCAUCGCUGGUCGCGUACUCAGACUUCUUCCUGUCGGGUUUCACUCCGGUGGCCAAAGAGAUGUUUGCCGCUAACAUUUCUGUGUUUGUCUCAGUGCUCAGAAAUGAGUUCAUGGCAUUGGCUUUCGACUAUUUCUCCGACCCAACUGUCGAAGUUGCUACUUAUGUUCUUGGUCUUGGAUUAGAUGGAGUGGUCACUGAAUAUCCUGCCACUGCAAGUUCAUACAUGAGGAGUCCAUGUUUCUACUCAGAUGCAGACUUGCCAUACACCAUAUUGGCAGCACAACCUGGAUCUUUACUCCAAUUAGCACCACCAGAUGCACUGCCACCAGCUCAACCUCCUGCUCCAGUGCUCCAACCUGCUGAUGUUGAUGAUCCACCAUUGCCUCCAGUUGUUAAAAACAGUAACAAUGAUCCUGCUCAUCCUUCUCCUCCUGCUUCUUCUCUUCCUUCUUCUCCACCCAAUCAUGCUUCUCUUGUUACUGUUACUUCUUCUCUGUCUUUCUUCAUUGUUUUCUUCUCCUUCAUGUACUUGCACUUUAGCUGCCAUUGAUUUUCAUGUCAUGUCCUUCUCCUUCUACACUGCUUCAUUAAUUCAUUCCUUGAAUUUCUUUUUCUUUUCAUUCUUUUGUGCAUUGUUUUUUGUGUGUUUA